AUGAGUGGCAUUUCAGCACAACAAAUAGCUGAUAAUGCAGCCGACUGCCCAGCAGGAUAUUAUUGUCUAGGUAGAGGUAUUACACCCAUUCCAUGUCCACCGGGGACAUGGAGUAAUGCUGGGGCAGCUCAAUGUAAACCCUGUCAAGCUGGGUAUUAUUCAACAAAAGGUGGCUCGUCAUACUGUACCAUAUGUGAACAAGGCCACUAUUGUGGAACUGCUGAAUUACCUCCUCAACCUUGUCCUUUAGGAUUUUACAAUGACAAAUUAGGACAAACAGAGUGUACUCCAUGUGGCUCUGGUACCUAUACACCUGCACGGGCUUCAGUAGAAUGCACAUUAUGCCCAUCAGGAUCGUCUUGUUCCAAUCCAGGUGAAUUACCACAACAAUGUCCACCAGGCUAUUUUAGCGGUUCUGGUCAAGUGUCAUGUACUGCAUGUCCUGCAGGUCAUUAUACAACUAAAAGUGGUUCAGAAUUGUGUAAGACUUGCCCCAUUGGCCAUUACUGUUUGACGGGAAAUGAAGAGCCAAAACCAUGUGCUCCUGGAACAGCUAAUGCACUACAUGGUCAAACAGCUUGUACACCAUGCGCUGAUGGCCAAUAUAGUGCAUCUUCAGCUGCUAUCGUAUGUGAUCUAUGUCCGAUCGGUAGCUAUUGUGAUAAUGCAAGUGAACCACCAAAACCAUGUCCCGCAGGAUCUUAUUGUUUGGAAGGACAAACAGUGGGUACGACAUGUGCAACUGGUUAUCAGACAACAUUAACAGGACAAAGUUAUUGCAGAAUUUGUUCUCCUGGUCAUUAUUGUCCAAAUCCUGCUGCCAAUCCUAUUCUAUGUGAACCAGGUUAUGCAAACGAUAAGCAUGGCCGUGUUGAAUGUGAUCUGUGUCCCAGUGGAACAUACACAGAUGUUGCCGGUUCAGCAUACUGUAUCACUUGUCCACCUGGUUACAUCUGCACGAAUACUCGUACAGCACCAGUUCCUUGUCCAUCGAACAGAGCAAGAGGACAAACAAUCUGUCCUACUGAAUAA